AAUAUCAGGCUUUGUUAGUGUGAAAAUGGAUAUGCAGUGAACAGUUAGAAAAAUGGCUCUCCUGGACAAUAAUUUACAAACCAGGCAUGAGUUGACAUGUUUAUUAGUCAGACAAUUAAAUGAUAGUCUCGGUAUUUGUUAACCAGAACUCUAACUCCGCCUCUUGUUAAUGCAAAUGUAAUUCUGCUUAUCACUUCAUAGCAGAAAUACCCUGAAUUCACAAGCAGGUGCAAACUAAUCAGCAGACCUGAGGUUUACUGUUUUCAAACUAAGUACCAUCAGCAAUAGAAGUCAAAUGAUAAAACUAAACUACUGUAUGUGAGAGAACUUAGGAUGUAUAAUUUGUUCACUGCAGUCUGACUGCAGUAGUUCUGCUUGAAAUAUGGCUUUAGCAAAAUCUGCUAAAGAAAAGCCUGAAGGUAACGAUAAUGCAGCAUUUAUUCUUGAUGAAAAUAUAAAUGUGGAACAAAACUCAAGAUCUAACAAUGAAAACAUCCAAGAAGUAGCAACAUCAAGUCAAGAAUUUGAGGAAGGACCAUGUGGCUGGGGAUCAUUUACAUUAAGUUACAUUCAACGCUGCAAUAACCCUAAAGGAUAUUUACUCUUUUACAGUCUGUUAUCUAUUGUACAAGAUAUUUGUGUUCCGUCCAGUGGUAAUUCCACGACACAAGACUGCAAACCCUCUGUUGCACAUAAAGACAGCAACUUUUUCUAUCUGUUUUUGCUGGGGCAAUUGUUGCAUGGAGUUGGAGGAACCCCUUUGUACACACUGGGGACGGCAUACCUCGAUGACAGUGUUCCUAAUGACAAGACUUCUCUAUAUAUAGGUAUUGGAAAUGGCAUGGCAGUUCUGGGCCCAGCCAUUGGAUUUGUAUUAGGUGGUCAGCUGCUGGACAUCUAUAUUGAUGUCGAUCGUGUUUCCAGCAUUGAUUUAAUGCCAGAUGACCCUCGAUGGCUUGGUGCUUGGUGGAUUGGAUUUCUUGUGUGCUGGAUGCUUUCCUGGAGUCUGAUUAUACCUCUAUCUUGCUUCCCAAAGCAUCUACCAGGCACAGAAAAAAUACAACUUGCUAAGAUUUCUCAGGCUCACAGUUAUAAGGGAGCAAAUAUUUUUGCACAGGAACAGUUUGGAGAAAGUUUGAAGGAUUUCUUCAUGGUGCUGAUGGGAAUGAUGAAGAAUCCGGUCUUCUUGUGCUUGACUGCAGCAAGCUGCAGUGAAGCUCUGGUCAUCACAGGCUUUGUGACGUUUUUGCCAAAAUUCAUUGAAAAUCAGUUCAGCCAAACUGCUAGUCUAGCUGCAAUUCUUGGAGGAGCAGCACUUAUUCCUGGAGCUGUUGUUGGUCAGCUUACCAGUGGGAUCAUCAUGUCCAAGAUGAAACUCCUGUGUCAUAGUAUGAUUAAGAUGGCUCUAGCUACAACGGUAUUAUCAAUACUCUUCUCUACCGUAUUCACCUUUGGUUAUUGUUCAAACGCUCCAUUUGCUGGCGUCAACCAGAAUUAUCAUAACAACACUGCAGAGAAGUUCCACCUUGAGGCACCCUGUAAUGCUGACUGUCACUGUAGCCGUUCAUCCUUUAAUCCAAUCUGUGGUACAGAAAAUGUCCAGUAUUUUUCUGCAUGCUAUGCUGGUUGUAUUAAUGCAACAAGAAAAGAUAACCUUCACGUUUAUGAGGAGUGUUCUUGUGUCCAGAAAGUAAUCUCUGAAUUUGAUGCACGAAAAGGAAAGUGUGGUUCUACGUGUGGUAACAUGCCAUUGUUUUUGGGAAUAUUUCUGUUCUGUGUCAUUUUCACAUUCAUGACCAGCACUUCAAUCACAACAGCUGUUCUCAGGUGUGUUCCAGAUACACAGCGCUCAUUUUCAUUGGGUAUUAAUUGGACCUUUGUACGGAUCCUAGGUGCCAUUCCAGGACCAAUUAUUUUUGGGAUAGUAAUUGAUUACUCCUGUGUCCUUUGGAAUCAAGAUGAAUGUAACAAUCAAGGAGCCUGUUGGAUAUAUGACAACCCAAAAAUGUCCUAUUUAAUCAUGGCAAUUGGUGCACCCUGCAAACUGUUCAGCAUUAUUGCCAUCACUGCAGCUUAUUUCCUGUAUAAACCUCCAAGAGCUGCUGAAACACUGUCUAAUGGGUCCAGAACUGAAAGAAGUUUUGAGGACAAGGACCAAAACAUAACUGUGAUUGAUGAAUGAACUGUGUAUGAGACAAGUGUAUGAUGAGGAAUGUACAAUUUAUGAGGCCAAAAUAAAUUACUUUGUAUGUUUUAAAAAUAUGACAGCAAUGUAAAUUUCUGCAUUUGAUGAUCUACACAUUUGUAUCUUUACCAAAAGCAAUUCUAUUGAUUUGUGAUGUAUAAUGGAUCAAUUAUUUGGAUCUGAUUGAGGACCCAAGUUUUUUAAAGUUUUGUUAUCAGUGCAAUUUAUAUAUAUAUGUAUAGUUAAACGUAAAACCUGCACGUAACCAAAAGCCUGCAUUUGUCACCAUAAAAUGGAAAAACAUGAAAAGUACUCAAACUACAUGAGUGGUGGCUAAGAACAGAGAAGAUUUUUUGAUGCAUUUUAUGGAAGGGGUGACAUCUGGCCUAUAUAUAGAGGUAUUUACCAAAAAUAACUUUUUAAAAAAGUCAUCAUAUUAAAUACUACUUGAGACCUUGAACAACUUAAAGUUACAGCAUCAUAAAACUUGGAAUUACAUUAACAGAAUGGAUUCUGCCGAUGCUGGAAAUCCGGAGUAACACACACAAAAUGUCAGCAGCAUUUAUGGAGAGGAAUAAAUAGUUGACAUUUCAGUAAGAGACCCUGAUGAAGGCCAUAGAUGCUGCCCGAACUCCUAGGUUCAUCCAGCAUUUUCUGUUGAAUUUACAUUGUAUUUUAAUGCUUACAUAGUCUUUUUGUUCCAGCUUUGACUUAACCAUCUCCUACAGCCCAGUUAAAGCAAGUUAGUUAAUUCUUUCCAACCGUCUACAAAGUCAAAGGGGUGGUUGAAGGAGAAUCGAUGUUCCAAUCUGUAGCAUUGACAUAUGGUAUGUGUGUUCUUGAGAGAUUUUGCCAACUCUAGUCUUGCACGUGCGAACUGUCUGCUUGGUAAUGUACUGCAGAACUAUCACUGCUUCUUGAAUAGUAUACAAGCACAAGGCAUUCCUUCUUAAAAAGAUGGAAGAAAAUACUGGGAAAUAAAUAAGAAAAUUGUUGGAUGCUUCUGAAGGUUCAGUAGAAUGGAACCUGAAUGAACAUUGGCAAAGUAUUGGGUAAGAGACUUAAAUUGUCCAUAAGGCUGAGCAUCUGAGCUGUGGCUAGAUGGGGAGGAACUGAACUGCAGUCAUCCAAUUCUAACGGAAAAAAGGCAGAAUGAGACAAAAUAAAUAAUGCUUGUGUCCCACACAUCUACAAUUAAUAGUGAAAUUAGAUGUGUUACUUUUAAUCGCCCAAGCUGCCAGAGUUAGGCCUCCACAACAUACUGGGGGAGAGAUUUCUCUUUAGGAGCUAAUACUAAACACAUGAGCAUGCCCAGUGUACUCACCUCACACACUCUGUUCAUUUACUUCAAUCUAGCUAAAUGUGCAGAGUACUGAGUACCACCAGCCAUUGAUGGUCUGACAGCCUUUAAUGUGAGCAACCAAAGAUACAAUUAAUUAUUUAGUAGGUAUGAGUAGAAUGGGGGAAGGUUAAGUCUUCGGUAAAGAGCAAGAAUCAUCCUUUCUCAUUAAGUACUAUUAUGCAUUAAUAUUUUUAAAAAUCUUUGCAAAACUGUUCCAGUUGUAUUAUAGUUAAUUAUUUCUGCUUUCUUAUCUAAACAUUAAAAAUAGAACACAAGAACAAAAUCUGUAAAUAAACAAAUUAAAGUUAUUGAACUAUUUAGAAUUGGUAUCUUGAAUGCUUUGAUAAGGUAAAUGUUUAAAAGUGUUUUGUAAUUUGGUCAUUUUAAACAAUAAAGUAAAUUUACUGGAUUUAUUGCAUAAUUUACAGCCUCUACCCUCGAAUUUCUUUGCCUUCAGUGAUAAGCAAAUGAACUCCAGAAUAUUUAUCCAAUACCAUCAUUUAAGUCUGGUUGGUUGUCUUCCAUUGUUGAGCAUUUUGUUUUUACGUAGCAGCAGAGGACCAAAUGAAUUCCAGAUCUAUUCAGCUCUACCACUACAACCAAUCAUGUUCACAAUCAGAAACGGGAGCACUUGUUAAUUGUUGAAAACAGAGGGGAAUCUACAGAUGCUGGAAAUCCAGAGCAACACACACAAAAUGCUGGAAGAUCUCAUCAGGUCACACCGUAUCAAUGGAGAGGAAUAAAGAGCUGACGUUUCAGGCCGAGACCCUUCAUCACGACUCAGGAAUGAAAGGUCUUGGCCCAAAAUGUCAGCUCUUCACUCUUCUCAAUAGAUGCUGCCUGACCUGCUGAGUUCCUCCAGUAUUUUGUAUGUGUUGUUAAUUGUUGAAAACAUCUUUAAAUCUGAACAAAAAUAAAGCAUGUAAUGUUGCUGUUGAUCUAUGGGAACUGAUUACAUAAUCAACACAUAUAGUGGUCAUAUAUUUGAUUUAUCAUUCAUUAUUCUCUAAAUGUUAAGCUUUUUGUGCUGUUACACUGGCUUUGAGAGAUUCUCACUCCUGCGUUGGUGAACUUACUUUAAGCUAUUAUGUUUCACAAUUAAUUAUAUUAAACUGCAACAAUUAACUCUGGAACAAAUCCAAUACUUUUAUACAAGGUGACUAACUCAGCAUAUUCAAAUUUAAUCUCACCAUUUAUGAAAGGAGGGCAAAGAAAACAAGAAGCCAUACACUAAUUAGCUUGAAUCGAUGUGGCAGAAAUUGCUGCAGUGUGGUAGAAAUUAUUAAGGAGAUGGUAACCAGAGACUUAGAGAACAAUAAUGGAAUUGAUACGGGACUAUUUGAGUGGUAGAGUAAGCAAAAGUAGCCAAAUGGUUUUACUCUUGAUUCUAUUUCUUAUAUUUUUAUUCCACCAACCAAUGUUCAGUUGGAAGUGUAUGUUUGCAUUGUGAUUCAUCUGUUCAUUUAGAGAUUAAAUUUAAAUUCUUUUAUUGGCCAUUGGUUGCUUUUUCAAAUUUCACUCUGCUUAUGUCUGGGAUUUUAACCAAUU